AUGUUGCUUGCACAAUUGCAAGCACUCGCACCCACACGCCUCUCAAAAAUGAUUCCAUCAUUAGAAAUACCAAACCUGGUCGCAGACACAGGAUCCACAUAUACCCACAGCAUUUCUGAGUCUCUGGUUAAUGAAGAUAUUCAAUUAGCAAACAUGUUUCAAGGCAUGGAACUGGAGACUCGCGUGGCUGGUUCUGCCAAUCGAGCAAAGACCUGGACAGGCAAGCGCUCAGCUGACGUGUUCAAGCAGACAGUGUGGACUCCAGACGGCUCGUCGUUAAUCACCAAUAAUGAAGAUCAUGCCCUGAGACUGUUUGUUGUUCCCCCUGAUCUGCUGUCCAACAAAGAAAAGCAGCCCCACAAUCUGUAUCCGUACACGCGAACGUUUUUCUCGAGUCCAAUUGUUUCCUUUUCCGUCUUUCCCGGCUUCCAACUGGCAGAUUACUCUUCCUGCUUUGCGGUAGUGAGCCAAAGGGGAAUGCCGAUUCAGAUUACGAACGUUCUGGGUGGAAGUCAAUCUGUGGGAUGCUACAAGUGGACCGACAUGAGCAACGAACAAUUCCUCACUCCAUCGAGUGUUGCCUUUAGACCUGGUUCAGACUACCUAUUCGCAGGUUCAGAACGUCGUCUGGCACUCUUUAAUGUCAACAACGUCGGCUCAGAACCCGAAUACCAAUGGGACAUGCCCAGUUUCGGCCUGGUGUCACACAUUUCGCAUGCAUCCAAGCAGGUCGCUGUCUCCUCGUUUUCGGGAAGUCUAGCUCUCUACGACUUUGACACUAUGGGGGAAGUUGCCAAAACCAGCUCUGCACCUACCGCCCAGGGUAUUUGUCAAACAUUGUGGUCGCCCAACGAGAAUUAUUUGCAUUUGAUUUGCAGAGGAGCCAUUGAAAUACCUGUUCUGGACGUCCGCAUGGGUCUCCGACACGUCGCUACCCUAGGAGGCUGGGAUGGUAAGACUAGCCAGAGACUGUGGGCUGAUAAGACAAUCACAGGACGCGGACUGGUGGCAGGAACUGUGGACGGUCAUGUCAACACAUGGGAGGAUAUAGAUAUGGGCAUUGAUCGCUUGUGUGAGUCGUCUUGGAAAGCUCACUCUUCUCCUGUGUCUGCUGUCGCUUCCAACCCACUGACGGGAAUAGGUGUUGUGGCUACCAGUUCUGGCGAGCGCGCGGGGGAGGAAGAUAGGCCGGUUGACUGUAGUCUCAAGUUGUGGGAGUUUCCUAAUGAGGAAGAAUCUCAAUAA